UGUUUCCAAGCCAGUAAAAUUUAUUAAAAAAAACAAAAAGUUACAAUGUUACGAAAUUAUUCUGCAUUUCAACGUGAUUAUGUUUAAUUUCAUUAUAAAUAUGAUGGACCCUAUUCGUGUAACUGAUAAUUCUUUUUAAAUUUUAUUUACCUAUGAUUUUUAACCGUAAUUACAACAAACGAAUAAAAAUGAAUUCUAUGAGGAUAUCGUUGCGAAAACAUCCCUUAUAUUAUUUAAAAGCGAUUCACAACGUACUGAAGUUUCAAAAAAACGCACCUGUAUGUCUCUUUACCACAAGUGUUGAUGUCGUUGAUUCAUUAUCUUCACAAAUCGAGCAAAGAACCAAAGAGAAAAAUACGGUAAACAUCCAAAAUCAUACGGUUGAAAAUAGCCCUAAAUCCACCAAUCCUCCCAUGACAGAUGAAGAACGAGAUAAUUUAAUAAAAGAAUUAAUGUCAAAAAACAGAAACAGACAGUUGGAAACUCUUGUAAAAGACAUGAAAAAUAAAAGACAGUUCAUGAAUGAGGAAACUUUGAAAAAGUUGUUUAAGCAUUAUAGUUUGGAUGGGAAGCCAGAAAUGAUAAUAAUACUCCAGAAGUAUUGUGCAAAUGUAGAUCCUAAUCUUUAUCAAAGAAAUGUGGAAUUUCUUCAUUACUUAGCUAAAGCUCAUUGCUUCAAAGGAAACUCCGAACGCGGUUUAUCAAUAUUGACUCACUGUUACAGAAAGUAUGAAGGACAUAGAAGUUUUUAUCGGCUUAUAUUCAGAGAGUUAAUUCAAGAUUCAGUAUUAAACCGUUCUGAGGCCUCACUAAUUGUAUUUAAAAAGUAUGUCUUAGACUUCAGUGAACAAUGGAGCGAUCAUUAUCCAUUAAUAUGCUUUUGGUAUAUUUGUUGGUCCAGUAAUUGGUUUUCAGAUCAGAUGCUUUCAAAUGAAUUACUUGAAACAUCUGAGGCUUUACAGGAUAUUAUCAGAGACAAGGCCAUGGCGUUCAGCAUUACUGUAUUGAAUAACGACUACAAUGAAGAUGCCGUUCUGAGACUCCUACAAAAUCUAUUGAAACAUAAAAUGAUGGAAGAGUAUUCGAAAGUAUUACAAGUGCUUUUUAAUUAUAAAUUGAAAAAUCGAGACGUGCGCGGUUGUACCGAAAUCGUUCGUAAUUGUCAAAGUUUAGGUAUAUCUCUGUCGUCCGAUCAACAAGGUAGAUAUAUCACGUUGCUUAUAAAUGGCAGCGAAGAUAAACCAGAAAAAUUGAUUCCAGAUAAAACGAAACUAUUUAAAUUUAAAUUUUAGUUUCCUAAUCAGUGCUAUUUGUUUAAAAUAAUAUGUAUUUAUGUAUAUAAGCGGUAAUGUUAUUUGUAACGUAAGGUCACGUAAAAAAAGUGAUGUUUUUAAAAAAAAUGUAAAUAAUGAAUGUUUUUAUUAAAAAUGGUGGUGAUAAGUUGACGCCAAUCGUUGUAUUUAAAUGUAAAUAAAAAUUG